GGUUUCCGUUCCAACGUGCACCAAUCUUGGAAGUGGAUGGAGUUACAAUUGCGGAUAGUCAAGCCAUAGCCAGAUUUCUAGCAAGACGACAUGGUUUGUAUGCAGAUGACGUGUUUGACCAAGCAAGGAUAGACAUGAUAACAGCCACAGUGCAAGAUAUGUAUCAGAAGCUGAACGAUAUAUGGGAAGCCGAGGAGAAUAAGAAGCAAGAAUUAAUGGAAAAAUGCUAUACCAAUAUAUUCCCGGUGUAUUUACAAGGACUUGAAUGUGUAUUAAAGGAAAACAAUGGUGGCAAUGGAUUUUUUUGUUGGCGAAAAG